UUAAGUUUAUUGUUUAUUUUAUUUUUAAGUAAAAUUUAAAUAAUUUUUAUUUUGUUCCUCUUCUUUUUCUUCUUCAUUCUUGUUGUUAAAGUCCAUCUCUGUAUUUUUUUGGAUCGAGUGUUUGCAUUUUUUCAAAAACAUAUAUUUUGCGAGAUAACAGAAUUUCUUUUUUAUGUCAAACUGUGAAGGAAACCUUAGCAUGAUGACAUGUAUUUUCUAUUGUAUUUGAAUAUGCCCCAGUUUCAGGGUCAACAAAUUUAAUAGUGUGGUUAACCUAAAGGUGAUUAUAACGGCAUUCGUUAAAAUCUAUAAGAUUUAAUUUGAUAGAAUUGGGCUAGAUUUUCUUUUCUUUGAUAUAUUGAAAACGUAAACCCCUUUCCCAUGAGAGUCCUGUAAGAGCUUGAAAUGGUCACUAGACAGGCAUAUAUGACUAAGAUAUUUGUAACUGAUAUAAGUAAUCGUUAUUUGGAUAAAAGUACAAAAGAAGAAUUACAGUUAUUCUUAAUUCAAAUUUCAAGAACAUCAAUGGACUUUAGUGCUUGUGAUUUUUGCAUCAUAAAUGCUCAUUUAAUUACUUCUGCGAUUGCUGUGGUUACAACAUAUUUGGUUAUAUUUUUACAGUUUUAUGCAUCCGCACAAGUAUAAUUUUUAAAAAACACAUUAUUUAAGUGUUAAAAAUUUUUAAUUUUAUGUGAAG